CACACACUGGUGGUGAUGAGCUACAUUGUAGCCGCAGCUGCCCUGGGGCACACUGACAAAGGCGAGGCUGCUGAGCAUGGGCGCCACUGGUCCCUCCGACCACCUCCACCAGGUAAGAGGGAGGUGACCUCAGCAGGAGCACUGCCAGGGGCCUUCCUAUAUAAUCCAGAGCUGCAGGUGAAGCCCUCUCAUCAACAGGAUCACUCAGCAACCAUGAGGUCUCUGGUGUUUGUUCUGCUCAUCGGAGCUGCCUUUGCUCUUGACGAUGACAAGAUUGUUGGAGGGUAUGAGUGCACGCCCUACUCCCAGCCCCAUCAGGUGUCUCUGAACGUUGGCUACCACUUCUGCGGUGGCUCUCUGGUCAACGAGGAAUGGGUUGUGUCUGCAGCUCACUGCUACCAGUCCCGUUUGGAGGUGCGUCUGGGAGAGCACAACAUCAAGAUCUCUGAGGGAAGCGAGCAGUUCAUCAGCUCGUCCCGCGUCAUCCGUCAUCCCCGCUACGACUCCUACACCAUCAGCAAUGACAUCAUGCUGAUCAAGCUGAGCAAGCCCGCCACCCUCAACAGCUACGUGAAGCCCGUGGAUCUGCCCAGAGGCUGUGCUCCUGCUGGUACCAGGUGCCUUGUCUCCGGCUGGGGCAACACCAUGAGCUCCACUGCUGACAAGAACAAGCUGCAGUGCCUGGAAGUCCCCAUCAUUUCUGACAGGGACUGUAACAACUCCUACCCUGGAAUGAUCGAUGAGUCCAUGUUCUGUGCUGGAUACCUGGAGGGAGGCAAGGACUCCUGCCAGGGUGACUCUGGUGGCCCUGUUGUGUGCAACAAAGAGCUGCAAGGUGUUGUGUCCUGGGGCUACGGAUGUGCUCAGAAGGACCGCCCUGGUGUCUACGCCAAGGUCUGCAUGUUCAGCGACUGGCUGGAGAGCACCAUGGCCAGCAACUAAGUGAUCCAAUCAAAGAUCCUUUGUUUUUUUUAUUCAAACUGAAUAAAGCAAAUAAAAUAUUCUAAAGAGGAA